GUCGCAGUAAUGGACGCCAUGAUGGAGACUGAAUAGGUUGUGGGUGGUCGGGACGUGCAGUUGACUUAAGUAUUCUUCCCCCUCUGGUUUCUCUGAAUGAAGGGACACGUCUAACUUUUCAGCUACGUGUGGCUGAGUUUAGUUCACACUCAGCUCUCUGUCUACGUGUGUUUCUCUGAUGCUCUGGGACACAUGGAGGCUCCGUCCUCUCGUCCCUCUGCCACCCCGGACGCCCCGGGGUGGCUGGCGGGCCGGAGACCCUCCUCCGGCGGGGAGUCCGAGUGUGACCCCGCCAGGGACACCAAGACACACUUCCGCGUCUGUCGCUUCAUUAUGGAGACAGGAGUGAAGAUGGGCAUGCGCUCGGUGCCUGUGGCCACUGCGUGUGUGUUGUACCACCGUUUCUUUAAGCGUGUCAACAUGCUUGCAUAUGAACCCUACUUGGUGGCCAUGAGCUGUCUGUACCUGGCUGGCAAAGUGGAGGAGCAGCAUGUCAGAACCCGUGACAUCAUCAACGUGAGCCACAGGUAUUUCAACAGUGGCAGCGCGCCUUUAGAUUGUGACAAGGAGUUCUGGGACUUGAGGGACAGCGUGGUGCAGUGCGAGCUCCUCAUCCUCCGACAGCUAAACUUCCAAGUCUCCUUCGAACACCCUCACAAGUAUUUACUUCACUACCUGUUGUCUGUGAAGUCGCUGGUGAACCGCCACGCUUGGUCUCGAACCCCCAUCACUGAGACUUCGUGGGCUUUGCUUAGAGACUGUUACCACGGAGACAUGUGCAUCCGACACACACCUCAACACAUUGCCAUAGCAACGCUGUACCUGGCUUUAAACAGCUACGGAGUGGAGCUGCCUGUGGGGGAGAAGGAGUGGUGGCAGGUGCUGUGUGAGGACGCAACUAAAGCAGACAUCGAUGCAGUGAUCUCAGACCUUCUUCAACUCUAUGACAUGGAUGCCAAGUGUAUCUAAAGGACACACAAGCAAGACCUGCACAUGGGAGACACAUCAAGAGUUAUAGAGUGUGUGUGUUAGAAUUUAUUUUGUCCCAGCAUGAAUGUGUGUGUGUUAUGGUCUGCUUGUAAGUGUUUUAAGAUUCCUUUAUCCAGGUUUCAGGAUUCAACUGCAUUUGUGUAUGUGUGUGAGAGAGAGAGAGAGAGACAGACAUUGUGGGCAAUAAUACUUAGUAUUGCCCCAGUAAUUCUAUGAGCUGUGACUAAAAAAUGAACACUCAUGCACUACCGAUUAUUGCCACCUGGGAGAGACAUUUCUUGACAUGUCAGCAGUGCAGUAUAAUGUGCUGGAAUCGUCAUCAGCAGCAGGAACAUCUUAGAAACACCUCAGCAGUCUUUUCACACCAUUCAUGUUUUGACAACAUUCACCACUGUAUUGAUUGGACUGGAUUAUCUUAAAUUCAUCACCCAAUUAAAAGUAAUUCACCAAUAUUUAUUGAUCAAAAUGAAAUCAGAACACAGAUUAUGACCUGUCAUGUUUCGAGGAUAUUCUGGGUCAUAUUUAAUGUGUUAUUACUGUUUGUGAGUCCCAAGAAAUAAUAAAGACCAACAAUGUGUAAUUGUC